ACCCCUACACCCCCAAUUUCAAAUUUAAUCCAACAAAUCCCAACCGUUGAUUUCAAAUCAGAUCUCAAAAUACCCACUCAUAAAGCUUUCAAAAAACAGAUUCUUCAUUUAAACUUAAUUACUUUCCAUAUGGAAACUAGGGUUUACUGAAGCUUCAAAAUUAUCGGUUUUAGUUUUAGGUGUUUAGAAUUGUGUAGAAUCGUUUAGAAUGUCGAGAGAUUGUUCGAAAUUAUCGCGUCGAAAUUCGGGCAAAAAUUUGAAGUUUGAAGAGACUGAAAACAUGCCUGUCAAUAUUAGCAGCAUUCGAGAACCUUUGGUUAAUCGAAUGAGCAUAGAUUAUCAAUCUAGGGCUCCGUUGAACACAAUUCAAGAUCCAGUUCAAAACCCUAGCAAGUUUGAUUAUGAAUUAGGGCUCAAAAGCUCCAAAGUGUACAGGACACCGACGAAACCGAAGGUUAAGUAUACGGAAUCCGCGAUGAAAACUCCGGAAAAGCAAGGGGGUUUGGGUAGGAAUCGGUACGGGUGGGGACAGGAUUCGAGAGAUGAGGGGAGAAUUGGGAAUGGGAAUACGCCGAAAGCGUGUAAGAUUACGAGAGCUGCUUCGUGUUUUACGGAGGGUAAUUCUACGCAUACUACGCCUACGAAAAGUGUUGGUAAGCCUCCAAGUGUAGGGUUGGUUUAUGGAGGUAGUUCUAGGCCUCCGGUUAAUGGAGGGGUUCGGACCGGCAACUUUACCGCGUUGUCUAAAGGGAUUCCUGUAGCGUUCAAUGCGUGUGCGCCUGUAAAUACGGUUGACGUUCCUCACUUUGAUCUUAGAGAAGAUCCAUCUUUCUGGAUGGAUCAUAAUGUUCAAGUUUUGAUUCGAAUUCGGCCACUAAACGGUAUGGAAAUCAGUUCACAAGGUUACAGUAGGUGUUUAAAGCAAGAAAGUGCGCAAUCCUUAACAUGGGUUGCACAACCAGAAGCACGGUUUACAUUCGAUCAUGUUGCGUGUGAAACAAUUGACCAGGAAGCCCUUUUUAAGACGGUUGGUCAACCAAUGGUGGAGAAUUGCUUGUCUGGUUACAACAGUUGUAUGUUUGCGUACGGGCAGACUGGAAGUGGGAAGACACACACCAUGCUUGGUGAAGUAAAUGAUCUUGAAAUAAAACCGAGCCCAAAUCGAGGAAUGACACCAAGGAUCUUUGAAUUCUUAUUUGCUAGAAUUAUUGCGGAAGAGGAAAGUCGAAAGGAUGAAAGACUUGAGUACAACUGCAAGUGUUCUUUUUUGGAGAUAUACAAUGAACAAAUAACCGAUCUCCUUGAUCCUUCAUCUACAAAUUUGCAACUGCGAGAAGAUGUUAAAAAGGGCGUAUACGUUGAAAACCUUACAGAAUAUGAAGUUCAUUGUGUGGGUGAUAUUCUUAAGCUUCUAAGUCAGGGUUCUGCAAAUAGGAGAGUUGCUGCUACCAAUAUGAAUAGAGAAAGCAGUCGUUCACACAGUGUUUUUACAUGUGUUAUUGAAAGUAGGUGGGAAAAAGAUUCAACGUCUAACCUAAGAUUUGCAAGGCUAAAUCUUGUUGAUUUAGCUGGUUCAGAAAGACAAAAAACUUCGGGUGCUGAAGGUGAACGAUUAAAAGAAGCUGCAAAUAUAAAUAAGUCACUAUCCACACUCGGUCAUGUAAUUAUGGUUCUAGUUGACGGUGCUAACUCAAGAACAAGACAUGUUCCGUAUCGAGAUUCCAGACUCACUUUUCUUCUUCAGGAUUCGUUGGGUGGGAACUCGAAAACAAUGAUAAUCGCUAACGUUAGCCCUUCAAUAAGUUCUGCUACUGAGACCUUGAACACUUUAAAAUUCGCUCAGCGUGCAAAGCUUAUUCAAAACAAUGCUGUGAUAAACGAAGAUGCAUCGGGAGAUGUAGUGGCACUUCAACACCAGAUACGACUUCUCAAGGAGGAACUUGCUAUCCUUAAACGGCAGAAUACAUCGAGGUCUCUAACAUUUAGUUCGAAAGACGAGAAUUGUAGCAAUGCAAGUUCAUAUGGAGACGAUGACAAAGUUCUUCGGGUUUCAUGUAACCAGUUGAAAUCCUUGGAGAGUUCAUUAAACGGAGCGUUAAGGAGAGAAAAAUCAACGGAAAACUGUAUUAAACAACUUGAAGCAGAAAUCGAACAGUUAAACUGUUUGGUUCAUCAAAGGGAGGAGGAAAAUAGGUGCACAAAAAUGAUGCUAAAGUUUCGGGAAGACAAAAUUCAGAAGAUGGAGUCCGUUUUUUCCGGAAUGAUAUCGGCAGAUUCUUAUCUUAUCGAAGAAAACAACACACUCACCGAAGAAAUCAAAAUUCUUCGUGCAAAAGUUGAUAAGAAUCCUGAAGUAACACGAUUUGCCGUCGAAAAUAUUCGGCUUCUUGAACAACUUAAAAGAUUUCAAGAUUUUUAUAAAGAAGGUGAGAGAGAAAUGUUGUUGGCUGAGGUAUCCGAAUUGCGAGAUCAGUUGGCUCUCUUACUUGAUGAACAUAAUCAUAUGAAUCUGAGUACAGAAAAGGAAGCUGCAGAAGACAAAAAACGAAUCGAUUCUCUUCAAUCGGAGUUAUUAAAGAGUCAAGAAGAGUUAGAGAAGUGCAGGGAUAACCUGAAUUCUUGCCUAGAGAAAAAUGCGAAACUCUGCAGGGAUAUUUCCGAUCUAAAUGCAUUAUUAGAAAGGCAAAAAUCUUCACUGAAUGAUCAAGAUGGUGACAUUGAGGUCUCGAAGGAAUCGGUAUCCAAAUGUUCUUCAAUCGAAGAUCAGUCAUCUCAUACGGUUCAGGAAAAAGAAGAAAUAUUUAGAAAAUACCCUGAAGAAAUAGUGAGUUUACAUUUGGAGCUAGAAUUUCUCAAAAGUAUUCUCGAGGAAGAACGAUUAAUCCAUAGGGAAACCGGAGAAAAGGUUUCAUCAAUAACAAAAGCAUACGAAACAAGUAUCUUAAAACAAAAUGAGACCCGACAAGAAUUGACCCUUCUAAGAGAGAAGUGUGAAGAGAAAGAUAGAAACUUUGACGGUUUAUCCGAGGAGUUUGACUUUUUGACCAAAAAGAUGGAAGAGGUUCUUACAGUGGGGCACAAUGCGCUUGAUGAUGCCUCGAACUUCAUUGGUCACGGGAAAGAAACUCGGGCAUUUGAGAAUCUACAAACUAUUGCAAGAAAAAUCUCCGAAAAAGAACUGAGGAUCGAUGAACUUAACACGUGUUUAGAGGAUGCAAAAGUAAGAGGAAAAGAAAUGGAGACUAUGUUGAGGUCGUUAAGAGGGGCGAUUUUGGUAAUGUCGGAAGCACACCAAAAAGAUUGCGUUAGAAAAGAUGAAGAAAUCGAUAGAUUAUUAUCGGAGUUAAAUGAAAAGAAUUCUAUCAUAAUUCUAAUGGAAGAGCAAAGAAAGCUAUAUGAGGUUGAACUUAUGGAUGCAAAAACCAAUGCAGCACAACAAGAUGUGGAAUCGUGUUGCUAUCUUGAUAAAUUUGCAGAAAUUCAACACCACAUUAAAGAAGCCAAUUUAAUGAUCAACAAACUGGUGUCUGAAAAUGAAGCAAUGAAGAUGGAAAUUAGCCACCAAAACGAAGUGAUUAAUGACAAAGAUGAAAAGUUAAGAUGUUCAGAAGCCGCAAAAAAAAUUGAUCUUGAGAACGAGAAAGUUCAUAUGUCAAAUGUUUUCGAAAAGAUUAAGGAAGAAUUAAUUAUUUCCUAUGUGGAUAUGCAAGUGAAAGAUUGGAUCUUGCUGGAAAAAGAUGCUGAGGUUGGUCUGCUGCUGGAAGAAAAAGAGCUCUACGAAGUUCAACUUAUGGAUACAAUGAAAAACGCAACACAACAAGCAUUGGAAUCUUGUUGCUAUCUCAAUAAAUUUGAAGAAACACAACACCAGAUUAAAGAAGCUGAUUAUAUGAUCAACAAACUGGUGAACGAAAAUGAAGCAACGAAGAUUGAGAUCAACGAGCUAAAGGACAGUAAUUCUGUUAUUGAAAAACAACUUGAAGAAAAAGAUGAAGAGUUGAGAUGUUUGGAAGAGAAGCUAGUAACCGAUUUAUCUGCAAAAGAUAUCGAGUUGUUUAUGAUGUCAUCAAUACUUGAACAAGUGGCUUCGAAAUAUAAUGAUUUUGAGAAAGACAAAGUUCGUAUGUCUAAAGUUUUUGAAAGGUUUAAGGAAGAGGCUAUUAUUUCCUAUGUAGAUCUGCACUUUGAAAAUUUCAUCUUACUGGAAAAAUAUACCGAAAAUAAUGAUGCAGAAUUAAGGUUACACAAGGAGGAGAAUGAAAAACUUGUGAAGGUUAUAAAAAGCCAGAAGGAUGAAGUUGAAGGAUUUGAUGCUUGUUUUGAAACUUUAGAAUACGAACGUCAUGAAAACAUUGUAAAAAGCGUGGUUCUUGAAGCUUAUCUGACCGAAAUUUUCGAAGAUGCGUUGAACGCAAAAAGGUCAGCUGAGGAGCAACUGGCGAAAACGGAUUUUGACAGGAACAAUUUGAUCGAAUCGUUGAAACGAGAUCUCGAAAGUGUUACUUGUGAAAGAGAUGACCUUCAUGCUGAAUUAAGGUUACACAAGGAGGAGAAUGAAAAACUUGUGAAGAUUAUAAAAAACCACAAGGAUGAAGUUGAAGGAUUUGAUGCUUGUUUUGAAACUUUAGAAUACGAACGUCAUGAAAACAUUGUAAAAAGUGUGGUUCUUGAAGCUCAUCUGACCGAAAAUAUCAAAGAUGCGUUGAAUGCAAAAUGGUCAGCUGAGGAGCAACUGGCGAAAACGGCUUUUGACAGGAACAAUUUGAUCGAAUCGUUGAAACGAGAUCUCGAAAGUGUUACUUGUGAAAGAGAUGACCUUCAUGCUGAGUUCCUUAAAGCAAAACAAUUCUAUGAGGUUCAACUUCUGGAUGCAAUGAAAAACACAACAGAACAAGCAGUGGAAUCUUGUUGCUAUCUCGACAAAUUUGAAGAAACACAACGGAAGAUUAAAGAAGCUGAUUAUAUGAUCAACAAACUGGUGAACGAAAAUGAAGCAAUGAAGAUUGAGAUCAACGAGCUAAAGUACAGUUAUUCUGUUCUUGAAAAACAACUUAACGAAAAACAUGAAGACUUGAGAUCUUUGGAAGAGAGGCUAGUGACGGAUUUAUCCGCAAAAGAUAUGGAGUUAUUUAUGAUGUCAUCGAAACUAGAACACGUGGCUUCGGAAAAUUACGAUCUUGAAAAAGACAAAGUUAAUAUGUCUAACGUUUUCGACAAGUUUAAGGAAGAGGCUAUUAUUUCCUAUGUGGAAAAAUAUACCGAAACUUGUAUUUUGCAAAACGAAGUCGAUAUGCGGGACGAAGACUUAAAACUUCAACUGGAAAAUAAAGGUGCAGAAAUAAGGUUACACAAGGAGGAGAAUGAAAAACUUGUGAAGAUUAUAGAAAACCAGAAGGAUGAAGUUGAAGGAUUUGAUGCUUUUUUUGAAUCUUUAGAAUAUGAACGUCAUGAAAACAUCGUAAAAAGCGUGGUUAUUGAAGCUCAGCUGACCGAAAACAUUGAAGAUGCGAACAAUUUGAUUGAAUCGUUGAAACGAGAUCUUGAAAAUGUUACUCGUGAACGAGAUGAUCUCCAUGCCGAGUUUCUUAACGCAAAACAGCUAUAUGAGACUGAGCUUAAGGAAGCAGAUUUAACGAUCAACAAGCUGGUGACUGAAAAUGAAGCAAUGGAAACCAGAAUUAUCCACCUAAACGAAGUGAUUAACGCAAAAGAAAUUGAACUAUUUAUCGUAUUGUCAAGGUUAGAACAAGUGGCUUCGGAUAAUAAUGAUCUUGAGGUGGAGAAAGUUAACGUUUAUUCGGGUUUUGAGAAGUUUAAGGAAGAGAUAACUAUUUCCUAUCUAGAUCUGCAAAUGGCUGUUGAAACCCGUAAAUAUUAUGAUGACGAGAAGUUAAAACUUUAUGAGAAGUCGGUGGAAGAGUUAGAAUCUACCGUUAAUUUACUGGAAAAGCAGGUUGACCUGGUCAAAGGAGAUGCUGAAAGUCAACGGUUGAAGAAAGAGGAGCUAGAACAAGAGGUUCAGGAAAUUCAUCAGCAAAAAGAGUUGCUCAUAACUGAAAACGAAACCUUCAAGACCGAAAAUGCCGAUUACAAGAUAAAGGUGAUUGAGCUCGAAGAUGAAGUAAAUAAACUUUUGAUUCAGCAAGAUCUUCAACAACACAUCCUUCCACUGGCGAAAAUAACGGAGGAGAACAACAUGUUAAAGGCACGAAAUGAUGAAAACAAUGAUACGCUACGCAAAGCAGAAGCAUUAGUUGCCCUGGUCAAAGAAGACCUUGCUAACUAUCGUGCAUCAAAAUCCUCGUUAACGGCCCACACACCAGCAGAAUGAUGAUUUUCUUGAAACAGGAUAAACCAAAUGUGAUUUUCUGAGUUCAAGCCACUAACUGUAGAUGAACAUUGGCGAAAGAGUAGUUGGGUAUCAAAGAAUUCAUUUCAUUUGAUUUCAGGUCGAAUCAACUUCAAUUCAAGAUUUCUUGAAAUGGAACAGUUAGUUGUUAAUUAGUGAUGUUGUUGUAGGAGAUGUAUAGCAUUGUUGCAUAGUUUUUAUUUUCUAGCUUAGCUUAACUUGCAAAAACAUUUUUAAUAGCUAAAUUAUUUCGGUUUUUAUUGUAAUUUGACUACUUUGUUCU